AUGGCGGGCUGUCGGUUCCUUUGGCGGAAACGGAACUGCGAGAUUAGCUUCGAUUUUCAGGGUUGUGGGACCCGUGUUGCAACCUCACUGAAAGGAGGAUGGUUGCCGUUGAAAUUCCUGAAUCGUGCUCAGCGGUCCUUGCGCUUGCCUUUGCAUUUGGCCGAAGUAAGACAGACAAAUGGUGUGCGUGCUUGCGGACUUUACGGACGUGGCGUGGGAAACGUGGCUUUUGGAUACGAUGGAUGUUGUGUUGGAAGGAAAUGA